GACAGCGGGCCGGGCGCGCCGGCCGGGCAGCGGGCCGCGCUGGCGGCGGUGGCCGCGAUGAUGGAGAUCCCGAUGGACGAGGGCGGCGGGGUGGUGGUGUACCAGGACGACUACUGCUCGGGCUCGGUGAUGUCGGAGCGUGUGUCGGGCCUGGCCGGCUCCAUCUACCGCGAGUUCGAGCGGCUCAUCCACUGCUACGACGAGGAGGUGGUCAAGGAGCUGAUGCCGCUGGUGGUGAACGUGCUGGAGAACCUGGACUCGGUGCUCAGCGAGAACCAGGAGCACGAGGUGGAGCUGGAGCUGCUGCGCGAGGACAACGAGCAGCUGCUCACGCAGUACGAGCGCGAGAAGGCGCUGCGCAAGCAGGCCGAGGAGAAAUUCAUCGAGUUCGAGGACGCCUUGGAGCAAGACAAGAAGGAGCUGCGGGCACAGGUGGAGCACUACGAACUCCAGACCCGGCAGCUGGAGCUGAAAGCCAAGAACUAUGCGGAUCAGAUUUCCCGGCUGGAGGAGCGGGAGUCGGAGAUGAAGAAGGAGUACAAUGCCCUGCACCAGCGGCACACGGAGAUGAUCCAGACCUAUGUGGAGCACAUUGAGAGGUCCAAGAUGCAGCAGCAGGCCGGGGGGAACAGCCAGACCGAGAGCAGCCUGCCAGGGCGGAGGAAGGAGCGCCCCACCUCUCUGAGUGUCUUCCCCCUGGCCGACGGCAUGGUACGUGCGCUGAGGGGGGGCAAGUUCGGGCCUGCGGGGGACCACUGGCACCUGAGUGACCUCAGCCAGCUCCAGUCCAGCUCCAGCUACCAGUGUCCUCCUGAUGAGAUGUCCGAGUCUGGCCAGUCCUCAGCAGCUGCCACGCCCAGCACCACGGGGACCAAGUCCAACACGCCCACCUCUUCCGUGCCCUCGGCUGCAGUGACGCCCCUCACCGAGAACAUGCAGCCCCUGGGGGGAGACUUCGGCGGUGGCAGCAAGAACAGCGCCCGGUCCCGGGAGAAACGCAACAGCCGCAACAUGGAGGUCCAGGUCACGCAGGAGAUGCGCAAUGUCAGCAUAGGCAUGGGCAGCAGUGACGAGUGGUCCGAUGUCCAGGACAUCAUCGACUCCACUCCUGAGCUGGACAUGUGUCCCGAGACCCGCCUGGACCGCCCAGGGAACAGCCCCACCCAGGGGAUCGUCAACAAAGCUUUCGGCAUCAACACUGACUCCCUCUACCACGAGCUGUCGACGGCGGGCUCCGAGGUCAUCGGGGACGUGGACGAAGGCGCCGACCUCCUAGGGGAGUUCUCAGUGCGCGAUGAUUUUUUUGGAAUGGGCAAAGAAGUGGGGAAUCUGCUGCUGGAAAACUCCCAACUUCUGGAAACCAAAAACGCCCUAAACGUAGUGAAGAAUGACCUCAUUGCCAAGGUUGACCAGCUGUCUGGGGAGCAGGAGGUGCUGAGGGGGGAGCUGGAGGCUGCAAAACAGGCCAAAGCUAAGCUGGAGAGCCGCAUCAAGGAGCUGGAGGAGGAGCUGAAGAGAGUGAAGUCAGAGGCCAUCACUGCCCGCCGCGAGCCCAAAGAGGAGGUGGAGGAUGUGGGGAGCUACCUCUGUGCAGAGCUGGACAAAAUCCCCAUGGCCCAGCGGCGCCGAUUCACACGGGUAGAGAUGGCCCGCGUGCUCAUGGAGCGGAACCAGUACAAGGAGCGGCUGAUGGAGCUUCAGGAGGCUGUGAGGUGGACCGAGAUGAUCAGGGCAUCCCGGGAGCACCCAUCCGUGCAGGAGAAGAAGAAGUCCACCAUCUGGCAGUUCUUCAGCCGCCUCUUCAGCUCCUCGUCCAGCCCCCCGCCUGCCAAGAGGGCCUACCCCUCGGUGAACAUUCACUACAAGUCUCCCACCACGGCCGGCUUCAGCCAGCGCCGCAGCCACGCCAUGUGCCCCAUCUCUGCUGGCAGCCGGCCCCUGGAGUUCUUCCCUGAUGAUGACUGCACGUCGUCGGCGCGGCGGGAGCAGAAGCGGGAGCAGUACCGCCAAGUGCGUGAGCACGUGCGCAACGACGACGGGCGGCUGCAGGCCUGCGGCUGGAGUCUGCCCGCCAAGUACAAGCAGCUGAGCCCCAGCGGCGGCCAGGAGGACACGCGGAUGAGGAACGUGCCCGUGCCGGUGUACUGCCGGCCCCUGGUGGAGAAGGACCCCACCAUGAAGCUGUGGUGUGCCGCGGGUGUCAACCUGACCGGGUGGAAGCCCAGCGAGGACGGCCCUGGAAAUGGUGCACAGCCCACGCCAGGCCGCGACCCCUUGACCUGCGACCGGGAGACAGACAGCGAGUCCAGGAGCAACCACACCUCUCCCGAGAAAAAGGCGAAGGAGCUCCCAGAAGCGGACACCAUGUCCAGCAGGGUGUGGGUCCUCACCAGCACCUUGACCACCAGCAAGGUGGUCAUCAUCGACGCCAACCAGCCGGGCACGGUUGUGGACCAGUUCACCGUGUGCAAUGCACAUGUGCUGUGCAUCUCCAGCAUCCCCGCUGCCAGCGACAGCGACUACCCGCCAGGGGAGAUGUUCCUGGACAGUGAUGUGAACCCAGAGGACUCGAGCACCGACGGCGUUUUGGCCGGCAUCACCCUGGUGGGCUGUGCCACGCGCUGCAACGUGCCACACAGCAGCUGCUCCUCCCGCGGGGACACCCCUGUGCUGGACAAGGGCCAGGGGGAAGUGGCUGCCAUUGCCAAUGGGAAGGCCAACCCUUCGCAGUCCACGGAGGAGGCCACAGAAGCCACGGAAGUGCCAGAGCCCGGGCCUAGCGAGCCAGAGGCAGCCGCAGUGCGGCCCGGGACCCUCACCGAGCACGUCUUCACCGACCCAGCCCCCACCCCGCCCACCAGCACCCAACCUGGCAGUGAGAACGGGUCAGAACCAGACAGCAGUGUUGCUCAGCACGAGCCCGAACCCAGCGGGGACCCCACAGGGGCCGGCAGCAGCGCCGCCCCCACCAUGUGGCUUGGAGCCCAGAACGGCUGGCUCUACGUGCAUUCGGCCGUGGCCAACUGGAAGAAGUGUCUGCACUCCAUCAAGCUGAAGGACUCCGUGCUCAGCCUGGUGCACGUCAAGGGCCGGGUGCUGGUAGCCCUGGCCGACGGGACCUUGGCCAUCUUCCACCGAGGCGAAGAUGGCCAGUGGGACCUGAGCAACUACCACCUGAUGGACCUGGGCCACCCGCACCACUCGAUCCGCUGCAUGGCCGUGGUGGACGACCGCGUGUGGUGUGGCUACAAGAACAAAGUGCACGUCAUCCAGCCCAAGACGAUGCAGGUGGAGAAGUCAUUUGACGCCCACCCGCGGCGGGAGAGCCAGGUGCGGCAGCUGGCAUGGAUCGGCGACGGCGUGUGGGUAUCUAUCCGACUGGACUCGACGCUGCGGCUGUACCACGCCCACACCCACCAGCACCUGCAGGACGUGGACAUCGAGCCCUACGUCAGCAAGAUGCUGGGCACUGGCAAGCUGGGCUUCUCCUUCGUGCGUAUCACGGCCCUGCUCAUCGCGGGCAACCGCCUCUGGGUGGGCACCGGCAAUGGCGUGGUCAUCUCCAUCCCCCUGACUGAGACCGUGGUCCUGCACCGAGGCCAGCUCCUGGGGCUCCGAGCCAACAAGACCUCGCCCACAUCCGGGGAGGGGGCCCGGCCUGGAGGGGUCAUCCAUGUGUACGGUGACGGCGGCAGCGACAAGUCCACUAGCAGCUUCAUCCCCUACUGCUCCAUGGCCCAGGCCCAGCUCUGCUUCCACGGCCACCGCGACGCCGUCAAGUUCUUUGUCUCCGUGCCAGGGAAUGUGCUGGCCACCCUCAACGGCAGCGUGCUGGACAGCCCGUCCGAGAGCCCGGGCCCUGCGGCCGACGCCGAGGGACAGAGGCUGAAGAACGUCCUGGUGCUGAGCGGCGGCGAGGGCUACAUCGACUUCCGCAUCGGCGACGGAGAGGACGACGAGGCAGAGGAGGGAGCCGGGGACGUGGGCCAGGUGAAGCCCAUGCUGUCCAAGGCGGAGCGCAGCCACAUCAUCGUGUGGCAAGUGUCCUACACCCCCGAGUGAGGCCGCUGCCCCCGACCUGUACAUAGGACCCCCGCCUGCCCGCCCACCCUCUCAACCCGCAGCUUUGUCCUGAGCUCCGGGCCCUUGCUGAGGGAAGGGGUGACGGGUCAAUGAGGAAGAAGGGCCUGUCCCCAACACGUCCUGGGCAGUGCCCAGAGCUUCAAGUCCCAAGGGUACCAAGGGCCUGACCCCCAUCCCGGGCUCUUCCUGGCACCCCACAUCAGGGAGCAGGGCCCCCAGGCCCAUCUGCCUUUGCAUGCUGCCCAUGGGGGCGUGGGCCCCCACCUCCCAGGCCUGGCUGUGAGGACACAGGCCUGCACCGCCUUCACCUAGCGAGGGGCCCAGGCUGCCCAGUGCCUAGAACGCACCGGCCUUCUCUGGGCUUUGCCCAGCGUCCCCCAGCCCCCUCACCCACUGGUGUCAUUCCCCCUGCCCGCCCCCAGGGCCAUCUGCAGAUAGCUUGGCCUUGGAGGCGGGGCCCUUGGGCCAGUCCUCAGGUGAUGGAGGGUGUGCUCCCAGACUGCUAAGUGCCUAGGGCUGCCGCUGCAGGAGAGGGGGUGCGGCUGCCUGGGCCCUGUCAGGACUCCUGCUCAGAAGGACACCUUGCUGCCCACGCCCUCCCUCCAGAGAAGCACAGAGCUCGGGGAGCUGCCCCGCCUGGACGCAGCCACACACACACACACACACACGCCCAGGCUUCUCCCGCCACCCUGCCGCCUCUCCACUGUGACAUCUGUCCAGUCCCUCGUCUGUGGACUUGGGGUUGGGGGGCGGCAUGCAGCUCGGGGAAGGGGCCACAGACGACCCUCCCGAGGCUUGGCCCUGCAAGUGACCCCUGUAUCUGCUCUGUAUGUAAUAAACAACGCGCUCCCGCUCGAGUCG